CAGGAUCCCAGUUGGGGCCUCAUCUGCAGCCAGCCUCUCCUCCCCCUGUCUGGUUAGCUCCACCUUGGCCUCUCUUGGUCACCUCCCUGAGUCCUCGUCCCCAAGCCCAGCCUCUGGCCUCUUCCACCAGCCUCUGAUGCCUUCUUCAGGGAACUGGGCCUCUUGUGCCCCAUCCCUAAACUUUAACUUCUCAGUAAACAGGCCUCCCAAGCUCCUGCCCCUCCCUCUCAGGCCUUUCUAGUCUCCUCACCAGCUGUAGGACCUGGCUAGGCCUCCUGCUUCUUCCCACCUACUGCCUCCCACAUAUCAACAGACAACAGGCCUACUAGGCUGUUCCAUCCGCUUCCUCCCCUGCCCCACCCCACCCAUGGAGACCCCAGGACUGGUUGUGCACGGGGAGGCUGAGCCCUUUUCCACAGCACUCCGAAGCCUCGUCAACAAUCGCCUGUACAGUGAUGUUCGCUUUGUGGUCGGUCAAGAGCGGCAGGAGGUGUUUGCCCACCGGUGCUUGUUGGCCUGUAGAUGCAACUUUUUCCAGCGACUUCUGGGCCAGGAGCCAGGCCCUGGGGUGCCUAGUCCUGUGGUGCUAAGCACUGUGCCAGCUGAGGCCUUCCUGGCAGUGUUGGAGUUCUUGUACACCAACAGUAUCAAGCUGCAGCGCCACUCUGUGCUGGAGGUGCUGACAGCAGCUGUGGAGUAUGGGCUGGAGGAACUGAGAGAGCUAUGCCUGGAGUUUGUGGUGAAAGUGCUGGAUGUGGAGCUGGUUUGUGAGGCCCUGCAGGUAGCCGUAACCUUUGGCCUGGGACCAUUGCAGGAGCAUUGCAUAGCCUUCAUAGAGGCCCAUAGCCAGGAGACGCUCCGGACCCGCGGCUUCCUGGAGCUGUCGGCGCCCGCGUUGCUGCCCCUGUUGCGCAGUGACAACCUCUGCGUGGACGAGGCUGAACUAGUCCUGGCGGCCCGGAGCUGGGCGCGCGUGGGCGCGGCGGUGCUGGAGCGGCCUGUGGCCGAGGUAGCGGCCCCGGUGGUGCGGGAGCUGAGACUGGCUUUGCUGGCCCCGGCGGAGCUGAGCGCCCUGGAAGAGCAGAACCGGCGGGAGCCGCUCAUCCCGGUGGAGCAGAUUGUGGAGGCGUGGAAGUGCCAUGCUCUGCGGAGAGGGGAUGCGGCCCGGGAUGCCCCGUGCCGGCGCCGGAGGGGCACCCUGCCCCGGGAGCAUCACCGCUUUCUGGACUUGCCCUUUAAGUGACCAAAGGCCACGUCUCACGAGGAAUUCUGGGGCUGUCUCAAACUACACUUCCCGACGUGCUCGGCGCUCGGCGCUCGGAGGGCGC